AUGCUAGAUAAACAUAACAAACAUGUGGAUGCAUUACGAAACGUUCGAGAAAGGUUUGAUCCUAACGAUGAUACAAGCCGGUUAAGGAUAAUUUUAAAGUGUGACAGGAAAAGCGAUGGAAGGACUGAGAAUCUACCAGCUACUAAUGAAGUUGCUGCAUUGAUACCUAAUGAUUUCAAUGGUCAGGUAGAUGCACGUGAUAUCAUCAUCGAGUGUAAAAAGACUGGGAAUCUCAAAAGGAUCAGUGAACUACAUCCUGCGUAUCUGCCUUUGCAAUAUCCAUUAUUAUUUCCCUAUGGUGAGGACGGGUUCAGACUUGGUAUCGAUAUUGGUUUUGUAGAUACCCAAGGGAGGAAAAGGUUGCAUAUUACUAUGAGAGAGUUUUUUGCUUACCGCAUACAAGAGAGGGUUGGUGAGUCACCAAUCAUCCAUUUAUCUGGAAGAUUGUUCCAGCAGUUUUUAGUGGAUGCGUACACGAUGAUUGAGACUAAUAGACUACGUUUCAUAUCAAUGAAUCAGUCUAAACUUCGUUGCGAAAAUUAUGACAAAAUAAAGAAAACUGUUGAUGAAGGUGACACUGAUCUUUCUGACAAGGGUAAACGUAUUAUUAUACCUUCUUCUUAUACUGGUGGUACAAGGUAUAUGGUGCAACAUUAUCUAGAUGCGAUGACUACUUGCCAGCAUUUUGGUUUUCCGGAUCUUUUCAUAACCUUUACGUGUAAUCCCAAAUGGCCUGAGAUUACCAGGCACCUUAAAAGACAUAACUUGAAGCAAGAGGAUAGACCAGAUAUAUGUACGCAAGUGUUCAAGAUGAAACUAGAUGAUCUCAUGCACAGGCUCACCAAAGAAAAUGUGUUAGGUGUCGUAAAAGCCGCGAUCUACACGAUUGAGUUUCAAAAACGGGGGCUACCUCAUGCACACAUCGUUCUUUUUUUAGAAGCUGGUCACAAGCUACCAACUGGUGAUGACAUUGAUAAGAUAAUAUGUGCUGAGAUUCCUGACAAGGAUAUUGAUCCAGCGUUGUAUGAGAUAGUAGGAGAUGUCAUGAUGCAUGGACCAUGUGGUGCUUUGAAUAAGGAUAGUGUUUGCAUGGCUGAAGGAAAAUGUACAAGUUAUUUUCCAAAACCUUACAGUCCGAUCACUAAAAUAGAUGAUGUUGGAUAUCCUAUAUACAGGCGACGUAAUGACAAGAAAGUUAUCGUUAAAAAGGGUAUUGAAUGUGAUAAUGGAUUUGUGGUUCCUUAUAAUAGGAGUCUCACACUGCUUUAUAGGGCUCAUAUCAACGUCGAAUGGUGUGUACAAUCUCGAUCGCUAAGUAUUCAUUGCGUUUUUGAAAAAAUAUCUGACAACUUCUGA